AUCAAUAGUUUCCUCUCUCUAUAUAAACAAAUCUCGCAAAUUACUCAACAAACAGCAACAAAUAUUUUCUCAUUCACUCAAAGUUCAAACCAAAGCAAAACACAACUCUUUUUACGAAGAAGAUGAUGAUGAAGAAGAUGUUUGUUCAGAUCGCAGUGUUUUGUCUAUUGGCUACGAUCGCAGCCGUCUCCGGCCACGAAGGUCACGUUCACAGCCCGGCUCCGGCACCGGCACCGGGACCGGCAACUAACUCAGCUGUCGUUCCAACCACCAACAUGUUCACCGGAUUGGCUUUUGCUGCCGUAGCGCUUGUUCUUGGUCUCAACCACUGAGUUCAUCAUCACUACUGCAUUCAGCGUUUCUUGUUUGGUUCAGUUUCUAUGAGAUUGUUCUCUUGACUUUCAAUAUUCUUUUUGUUUUAUCAAAGUUUCAUUUUGUUGUUUAUCUUAUUUGGUGAAUAAAACAAAACUCCAUUGGACU